AUGGCAGUCCCCCAGCGGACGCUGAACUGGCUAUACUCGGUUCUCAGCAAGGACCACUACGACCCCAAACAGACCUACCACGAUCCCAACCGUGCCUACCACGAUGUUGCGAAUGCGCUCGCCCAGUACCCUACACUCUCGCCUCGUACUGAUGUGUACACGUACGAAAAUGGCUUCUCAGCACUCCUCCUGCACCUGGUGGGGACGCUCCCUGUCGCCUUCCGGGGCACAACAUACCGAUUCCCGAUCGCACUCUGGAUCCCAAAUACCUACCCCCAUGAGCCUCCAAUGAUCUAUGUAACGCCUACCCAAGAUAUGGCGGUCCGUGUUGGACAACAUGUCACGCUGGAAGGGCGGGUAUAUCAUCACUAUCUAGCCCACUGGGCCGAGGCGUGGGACAGGUCAACCAUCUCCGAUAUGCUGUCCAUCCUCCGAGAAGUGUUCGCAAAAGAACCCCCCGUUAGAUACAGGCAACCGAUGCCACCGCAGCCUCAGCCACAGCAGACACAGACACCACCACCCCCACCCCCACCCGUACCACCUUUACCACCUGGUAUGGGACCUUCAACAGCCCAAUCUCAGAGCCCGGCUCGGACACAGUCUCUCGAUUUGGCAACCAAUACACCUCCACAGCUGCCGCCAAAGAUCGGCGCCGGUACCGAGCCUCAACCCCCGCCGGCACGAACUACAGAACGAUAUCAAUCUCCUGCGCCCCUUCCUCCACUACCUCCGAAGGGACAUGAAGCCUCCCGAAGCUCCAUCUCGCGUCAUAUGGGCAUCACGAGUCCCGGGGGCCGAACAUCUCAGCAAUUCGUUGCGGCGCAACCGCCUAUACAGUCUCACAUGCAACAAGACCCGGCGGCUUAUAGCAGAACUCCUGCUGGUCCGAUUAGCCCGGUUGCUAGUUUUGAUCCACCAGCAGCCUUCUUACACCAGGCUGAGCCCCCUUCUGGGUCUCCGCUGCCCCUACGGCAAGGGACUUUUGUACAACCAACACCCCAAGCACCUCCGUCUCAACACCCGGGGUAUCAGCCCUCAUCCCCCCAACACCAGCAACAGCCACGGCAACCACAAGGACCCCCAUACCCAGAGCAUUCUCCCUAUCCACAAAACUACCCACGACCACCCCCGGCAGUACCUGCGCCGAAGAAAGAAGCCCCGGAUCUCCUCACCUCGCCUUUCGAACUUGAGCUUCCAUCAUUCACCUCCGCGGGACCAGCACCUCCCAUCCCCCCCAAUCCAGAAAAGGAUGCCUUGUUGUUCGCUGUCUCGCAAACUCUCGCCGAGACCCUUCAUGGCCACGCGGCGCAGUCCGACACGGCAGCGCAAUCUCUCGUCUCGCAAUCGCGGUCCCUGGAGGCUGCCAUGGCGACGCUCCAGGGUGAAGCCACGGCGCUCACUUCCCUACACGCAACCCUCCAAUCCAACACCGCGAUCCUGCAGCAGUCCAUCCACCGCGCGGACGCGACCAUCGCAGACGCGCAGGCCCGGUCCGCAUCAGUUUCUAGCUCACUCGCGGCUGACUCGCCAUCCGGCCUGCCCCCAAUCGACGAAGUCCUCGUUGCUCCAACCGUUGUAGGGAAACAACUCUACGAUCUGGUCGCCGACGAACAAGGCCUGCAGCAUGCCCUGUAUGCCUUGCAGUCUGCGUUGGUCCGGGGCGUGAUCGGCGUCGAUUCGUGGUCGCGACAUACGCGCGGUCUUGCGCGCGAGGCGUUCCUCAAACGCGCAUUGAUUCGCAAGAUUGGGCGUGGGAUGGGGUUGGACGAGGCCGCCGUGUAG